AUGAAUGAGAAGUUGAUUAUUUUAGUAGUGCUGCUGGUGCUGCCAGGAAUCUUUUACCAGAACAACGCAGCCGUAGUAAAAUUAACAAAUGCUGUCUGUGAAUCACAUAAUAAGUCCUGGGUUUCUAUCGAUCUUUGCCGAUUGAAAGUUGUUCAAAGAAAUAAGGUGGCUUUGAAUAUUUUCAUCACUCUUCUUCACCCAGCCAACGAUAUAUCUGUGAAAAUACAAGUGGUGAAGAAAGCAAAUGGAUACAAGCCUUGGCUUAUCAACUAUACAUUCGAUGGUUGCCAAUUUAUGCGGAAGGUCAAUCAUCCACUUGUGGGCUGGGCCUGGAAGAUGAUAAAGGAUUUCUCAACGAUUAAUCAUACGUGUCCUUAUUCGGGUGUGAACAGUUUGAAGGAUUUUUGGAUUGGACCUGAAUCUUUUCCUCAUUCAAUUCCAACUGGAGAUUACGGAGUAUUGUUAACUUGGAUUUUUGAUAAGAAGCCGCAGUUUUUAACAAAUGUUUAUUUUUCAUUUACCGAGGAUCUUUUGUGAUUUCUAAAAUGUUGAUUUGAGCCUCAUAACCCUAGCCUAAAAAAUAU